UUCUCUCCUCGAGCACCCGAGCCGGAGUGGGGCAAGAAGCUAGUGAAAUCGCACGAUGGGCUCGGACGUCGUCCACAGCGGCGGGUGCCACUGCCGGCGCGUGCGGUGGCAGGUGGAGGCGCCGGCGAGCGUGGUGGCGUGGAUCUGCAACUGCUCCGACUGCUCCAUGCGGGGGAACACCCACUUCGUCGUGCCCGCCGACAAGUUCGCGCUCCAGCCCGGCGCCGACGACUCCCUCACCACCUACACCUUCGGCACCCACACGGCCAAGCACAAGUUCUGCAAGGUCUGCGGCAUCACCUCGUUCUACAUCCCGAGGUCCAACCCCGACGGCAUCGCCGUCACCGCGGCCUGCGUCGACCCGGGCACCCUGGCGCACGUCGAGUACAGGAAGGCCGACGGGAAGAACUGGGAGAAGUGGUUCGAGAAGAGCGACAUCUCCGAGUUCUCCAAGCCGGCCGACGCCGCCGCCGAGUAGGACCUGGUCGGUGUUCAGUUCAGGAUUCAUUUCAGGUCAGUUGGUUGGUGGUCGCUGGCUGAAAAUUCCUCUCCUUGUUAAUGAAAACCAUGUGGAAAUAAAUGAAUAAUCGAUACGGAUGUGUAUUUGCGUUCGGUUGUUGGAUGUUUAGACUCAAUGUUUAAUUCAAUAGCUGUGCUUUGCCUAAAAAGGCAGAGAUAUGAUACUGGUUUA